GCUUCAACUGGCUUGCUGUCAAGAUGGUUAUUGGUGUCACUUUUGCGAUGAUGAGCCUCCUUUUCUCUCAAGACUGAUUGACUACACCUUUGGUGCUAAAUAGGAAAUGGACUGAAGUGCAUCACGUGCCUUAAUGUAAACGGUUCUUGCACUGGACCAUCAAUGCAGUGCCCCUUAGUUCUUGACUCAUGUUCCAGCAUGACAACUGCUGCUUUCUUUGGGGAUUCAAAGUUACUUGAAGGAAAUUCCAAAGGCUGCUAUCGCAAUGAUCAGUGUUUCAAUGGUUCUCUGAACUAUGGAAGCGUGAGGACCACUUUCAGCACCUCGUGCUGUAACACAGACAACUGUAACACCAGAACACCAGCAGCUGUAGUAAACAACUUCACCAACGGGAGGCAGUGUUUCAGCUGUGUCACGACCAACAACUGCUCAUUGAAACUUCCGUGUCUCGGUAAUGAAGAUCGAUGUGUCACAGCAUCAGUGGACGUAGCAGGACAGACCCUCACCUCAAAGGGCUGUGUCACCAGCAACGUCUGCUCUGGAUUCUUUGCAGCCCAGCUGGAGUCGACAGCAGUGGACCUGUACUGCUGUGAGGGGAACCUGUGUAAUAGCGCCUGGAGGGCAGGCCACAGCGUCCUGCUCCUGUUCUGGACCCUGCUCUCUGUUCUGCUCCUACAAUGAGCUGACUGGCAACUCGGGUGACUCCUCUGCAGUGUCUGUUUUUUUUGUGUUUUUUUUAAGCAAACUUACUUACUCGCAAUGUAACACCUCUCUAUAUGUAAGCCAGGAGCAAAUAAACAAAGCUUUCAUUGCUGUGUAGUAGCAGUUCAAAUCAUAACAAGUAAAUAUUUCAGAUAUUACUCAAUCUGGAUAUUUAUAUCAUUCCCUGCCUGAUAAAACUCUCCUUCAUUCAUAAAAUGUUUACAAUUAUUAAAAGUUGUUGACCAAU